AUGCCGUUGACCCACACCCCCGGUAAGAAAAGUCCUGCUACCAUGGAUGAAGUGAAACCGCUUAUCCACCAGCGUGGCCAGGUAAGAGCCAAGGUUACGGCAAUCCUGAAACAACUCGAGAAAGCAGAAAACGAUUUGUCUCAGGUGAGUCUUCCUAUGUUGAGAGUCUUUUCUAGAAAACUGGAUAUUUUAUAUAAUGAAUUCAAUGCAUUGCAUAAAGAGAUUCUCAGUGUGAUUCCCUCUUCGAAGCUUGACGACCAGGAUGAAAAAGUUGUAGAAUUUGAUUUAAUCCAUACUGAUGCCUUGAUGCGUGUUGAGUGCCUGAUUGACAAAGCGUCGAAGCCUUGUAUGCCUUCUUCCAGCGCAGUUGCACCAAUUCCUUCCACAAGUUUUGCUCAGCCUGCCCAAGUGAUUGUUCAGCAACAACCUUUAAAGGCACCCAUUCCAACCUUCAAUGGUGAAUAUGAUAAUUGGCCUCGAUUUAAGGCGUUGUUUUCGGACAUCAUUGGGCGUUGUACCGAUUCGGAUGCAAUUAAGUUGCAUCAUUUAGAUAAAGCGUUGAUUGGUGCAGCUGCCGGAAUAAUUGAUUCCAGGACACUCGUAGAAAACAAUUAUAAUCACGCAUGGGAAAUACUGGUCGAGCGAUUCGAAAAUAAGCGUGUGAUAGUUGACGAUUGUUAA